UGUCACUAUGUUAGUAUGUUAUUAAUCAGCCAGUUCAUCUUUUUUGUAAAGUUUUUUUAAUGCACUGUUUAGAGGAAAUGAUGAACAAAGAAAGCAGAAGUGGAGACCCAGGGGGCAGUUGUAUGUGGCACGGAGGAGGCAGAACAACACUGAGAAGGAACCAGUCAACUGGGCAGAAAGACAUUCCAAUCCAUUGGCACAAGAUGGACAGAGGAAAAUUGCAAAGUGAUUCUGAUAUAUAUGGAAAUAUCACUUUCACUGAGGAACCCACUGGAACUGCAUUGAAGAUGAGGAAGAUUCAACAGGAACCUAAAGAAGAAAACCUCUCACCAAAAUUUCUGAAGGCAACUGAAACAUUAAGAACACAGAGGAGACUCCUGAUGAUUCUGGUGACCCUGCUGGUUCUUGCCUUCAUUUUCCUGAUAAUCCUGACCAGCCUCAUGUUUAUCUACUAUUCUAUGGUGAGCAGUCAGCUAAAGCAGCAAGAUGAGGAAAAGGACAACCUUCUAACACAAAUCACAACCAUAAACCAAACAAUCGAUGAACAGAAAGCCAACCUUCUUACACAAAUUUCAACCACAAAGCAGACACUUGAUAAGCAGAAAACCAACAUUCUAACACAAAUCACAGCCAUGCAACAGACAUUGGAUUCUAUGGUGAGCAGUCAGCUAAAGCAGCAAGAUGAGGAAAAGGCCAACCUUCUAACACAAAUCACAACCAUAAACCAAACAAUCGAUGAACAGAAAGCCAACCUUCUUACACAAAUUUCAACCACAAAGCAGACACUUGAUAAGCAGAAAACCAACAUUCUAACACAAAUCACAGCCAUGCAACAGACACUGGAUUCCCGUAUAUCAGAGUCUAUGCGCAGUACUAAACAGGACAUCUUACAGACAAUAGAAAACGAGAAACCCAAAUGUGAUUCUAACUGGAAAGCAUUUGAUGGAAGCUGUUAUUAUAUUGUUACAACUAAGAAAAACUGGGACAAUGCCCAGGAAACUUGUAAAUCAAUGAACAGUGAUCUGGUUAUUAUCAACAGUGACAGGAAAAAGAACUUCCUUGAAAGUAUUACUGACAGCUCAUAUUUUUGGAUUGGCCUCAAAAGGGAUAAGAAUAACAAGGAUGAGUGGAGAUGGGUGGAUGGGACAUACUAUUAUCCACCACAGCGAUUUUGGCUGAAAGGGGAGCCAAAUAACGAUCAAGGAAGAGAAGAUUGUGUUCACAUGUGGAAAGAGAAAAAAUGGAAUGAUGUUUUUUGCACCGAUGAGUAUAAGGCAAUCUGCGAGAAAAAAUAAUAUGUUGUGUAAAGGAGGAGUGGAUUUCAUUUGUUGAGCACUCUAUUAGAAUGCCAAUCUCUAUAUAAAAAAGAAAAUUCUCCUAAAAACAAGAAAGGAGUAUGUAUAUUUAGUGUUACAUGGGUAAUGUCUAAUAAUGACUGGGGAGGGCUGAAGAGAUAAUUAAAGAUAAUUGCUGAAGGAGUUUCAAUUAAAAGGCAUAACAUGAACUAAAAGGAUACUCUUUAGCAGCAGGUCCCUGCAUCUCAGAGUUUUCAAAACUAAGCAGCAUGAACAUUGAAACAUACCCUUAAUAUUUCAAUUAAUUGGUCUUGUAUCUAGACAACUAUCCCCUCAGUCAACUGAUGUCUAAACACAGCCACUGUGUCUUCCCAUUGCUUACUUGCAGCAUCGACUUCUUUGCUUUUCAAUA